AUGGUUUGGAUUCAUAAAGAUUAGUUACCGCACACCACCUGUUUGAUGAAAUGCCCGCAGCACGCUGCAGCGACGUCUUCUUCUCCUCUCUUCGCGGGCGCUCGCCGGUCCACGCUGCCACCCAUAAAUGUUGACAAGUCACCGUCUAAAAGGUUGUCCCAGAAGAUGACUGCAAAGAAGGCUGCCAAUAAAGAGCUGAAAGGGAUGAUGAAGACUGUCAGGAUUGAAGAUAUAGAUAGCAUGCACGACGAGAUGAUGGAUCUUAUGGAUGCGAGCAAUGAAAUACAAGAAACUCUUGGUAGAAGCUACAAUGUCCCAGAUGACAUCGAUGAGGAGCAACUUAUGGGCGAGCUUGAUGCUUUGGAAGCCGAUAUGGACUUUGAAUCGAAUUCAGUCCCAUCGUACCUCCAACCAGACAAGGAGACUGAUCUUGAUUCGGAGCUUAACUUACCUGCUGCACCAAGUGGUCAUGCAACAAUCCCGGCGAACCGGCAACAGGAGGAUGAACUGGGACUGCCUACCGUGCCACACGCAUCAAUUCCCCCUGGACAGGAGGGUGAAGUGGGACUACCUAGAAUACAGUAGCACACACAUAGAUUCAAAUCUAUAUCCCACAGUGUUGGUUUGAUCUUGACGUAAAUGGCCGACGCCUUGGUUUGUGCAUGGACAGAGCAGAUUCGUUGUGUCUUUCCUCGUACUCCCUCCCUUUCUAAAUAUAAGCCCUUUUAGAGAUUUCAAUACGGACUACAUACGGAGGUAUAUAGACAUAUUUAAAGUGUAGAUUCACUCAUUUUGCUCCGUAUGUAGUCUGUAUUGGAAUCUCUAAAAAAGCUUAUAUUUAGGAACGGAUGGAGUAUAUAACACAACGAUUCGCUGUACACCCUGUUGUUAUCAUGUCUGUGAUGGCACAAGUUGAGUUGAAUUUCGAUGUAGUUUUUAGGUUGAAUUGGUAUCAAAUUCCUAAGGCUGGUGGUUUGGCUGAGACGAGAGAUGCAACAGAGUGGCUGAGAAAGGAAGACUGCUCAGCUUUGUGCCGGAAGGAAAGAGUGCACACACAUCUGUCUCUUUAAUAAAAAGAAGUGCGCACACACACACACUUCAGUUCGACGAAAAAUCUCAAAAAACUGUAUAUACCUCUUCCUCAAAGUAAAAGACCAUCUACUUGCUCACCUGCUGCCAAAUACUCCUUACGUCUGUAUUUACUUCGCAUAUUAGCUUUUUCUCAAGUCAAACUUUGUAAAUUUUGACCAAAUUUAGUAGAAAAUUUUGUUAACAACU